CUAAGUUACUAAUAAUAUAUAAGCAUGUGGCGAAAGAGAUGCACCAUGACUGUACAUAGUUAAGCAGUCUCCAGAGAGAAGUUAGUUGUCAUUAUUGUUGGCUUGGGCCUUAAAGUUUUAAUUUGUUAGCAACAAACAAAGAUGAAUUAUUACAGAUCCAAUGAAUGGAAUAUUACGCAAAUAUCACAGACCACUUUCUUCUCCGUGUUAGUCUUAGCCUCUUGUCUCUAUAUAAGCUUCUAACCUCUCUGUCCUCACAAACUGAUUAAACUUUCAUUAAUCGUCCUAAUAACAUACAUAUAUAUAACAGAAAAACUAAAGUACUUGUUUGUAGCAUACUUAUUAUUAUUAUUAUUAUUGAGUGGAGUUGAUUAGGGAACAUGAAGAAAGCAAUUAGCACAAGUAAUGAGCCUUCCAAACUUGAUCGCAAAACCAUUGAGAGGAACCGCAGAAUUCACAUGAAAUCUCUCUGCUUCAAGCUCACUUCUCUUAUUCCUCCCAACCAUAGAUUCACACAAUAUUCAAAAUCCAAGGACACACUAACCCAGCAAGACCAGCUGGAUCUGGCAGCAAGGUACAUAAAGCAUAUGAGAGAAAGAAUAGAGGAAUUGAAGAAGCAGAAGCAGCAUGUCAUGAUGGAGUCAAAAAACAACAACAAUAAUACAAUAAUGUGCAAAAAUAUAGACACAAAAUUGCCACUGCUUGAGCUGAGAGAAUUUGGCUCCGGCAUAGAAGUUGUGUUGGUUUGUGGAUUGAGAAACAAGACCUUCAUGUUAUAUGAAGUUAUUAAUGUUCUUGAGGAAGAAGGUGCUGAAGUUGUUACUGCAAGCUUCUCAACUGUGGGGGACAAAAUAUUUUACAUUCUUCAUGCUCAGGAUAAAAUAUCAAGGGUUGGGGUAGAAACAUCAAGGGUGCAUCAGAGGCUUCAGGAGUUUAUUGCUCCAAUAGAAAUGUGGGACUAAUUUGAAGACUUUACGAUUGCAUCACGUAGAACCAUUAGUACAAGGAUCAUGAACUAUUGUAUUCAAUAUUCAUGGUAGAAUCAUAAAUAAAAUAAGGUGUAAGGCCAAUUAUACGGUAAAGAGCUUCACCUCCUACAAAGAUAUAGGUAUUCUCUUUAAUGAAAUUUGGUGUUGGCGCGUGUGUGUGCGAAUGCAAUAAAUAAGGGUUGGAGAUGACUCGCUGGAUGAGUCGCACAAUCCACAAGGAAAUUGAAUUUCUGUUACGCUAUUACUUAGAAGGGUGUAUCUGAUGUUUAUAGGCCCUGUUGGGUCAUAUAUUAGAGAAAUUGGACUUUGUAUUUUUAUGGUAGAAUUAGAGAUCCGCUUAUGGCUA